AUGGGCUCCAUCGCGCUCGAAGAGACAGAAUCGGAGCGAGGUGUUAGCGAGCUAGCCGGCAUUGAUGUGUCUAAACUGGAUGACGAUGCGCUCUACUGGUGGCGCACCAGCGGAUUGGACCUGGCCCGGAUGAUGAAGGAAGCUGGGUUUCCCGACAAAACGAAGAAUCAGUUUCUCACGUUCUACAGUUCUAUUAUUUGUCCGUUGCUUAAAGGGAAGCCUCAGCCCGGAUCAAUGCCGACUGCCGUGGGCUGGGAUGGCAAUCCCUUUGAAUACAGCUGGGAAUUCAAAGGCUCCACCAAGAAGUCGAGUGUCCGGUUUGUCUUGGAUCUGAGCGAGGUUCGCCCUCCAAAUAAGAGCUGCCCCAUGAGUGUGGAUACGGUGGGAGAGGUUCUGAAUGUUCUGAAGGACACGAGCCCACUUUAUGAUGAUCAUUGGCAUCGUGCGAUUGAGCGAUGGGCAGUGUAUUCAAAUGCAUCGGCCGAGAGGCAAGAACUUUUGAUAUCCGAAGCGGGACAUCGGACGCCUACUAUUCUCGGCUUCGACAUCAACCCCAAGAUCACCGAAAAAGCGCCACAUAUGCUCCCCGUCAUGAUCAAGAGCUACUUUCCACCAUGUUUCGUUGCUGCAGACCGCCGCCUCACGCGCUUCCAGGCCCUUUCCUUGGGCGUGCGCCAGUUGCCUGAUAUCGGGUCGUACCCAAAUAUCCUGCUCGGGCUGAAAAUGAUCGAAGAUUUCGUGGCCUGCAACCCCAAGUAUGAGUCUCAGGGCCGUGGGCUGUCCACUGAUUUUGUGCCCGCCGGCGACGCCCGCCUCAAGGUGUACUUGCGGUACCUGGGCGAUGACUUCGAUGAGAUCUGGGAUUACUACACGCUCGGCGGGCGGAUCCCUAUCGAAGACCUGGACGAGGAUAAGCAGAAGCUGCGGGACAUCAUCCAGCUCUCUCGGGGAAUGUGCUAUCCUGUCAGCAAGAUCCGCGAGGAGAGCGCGGCCGACAAGAAACGCCGCGCCAUCUUGGGCACGAAACCUUCGUCGCUGUACUUUUCGCUCACGCCUGACAAGCCCUACCCCAUCCCCAAGUUCUACUUCUACCCGGGCUUUCAAGCGCCGAAUGACGAAGCCGUAGCGCAGGGACUUGAUCUCUGGCUGCAAAAAUAUGGAUGGGCCGAUGGCGGGCCGACCAUCGAGGAGCGGACCAGGAACACGUUCAAAUACCGGAGCCUCGAUGAGAAGCCGGGCAUCUUCACAUUCAUUGGCUUCGGAAGGAAGGAAGGUCUUGACGACCGUGCGCUGAGUUUGCAAAUGCCAUUCACAUACAAGUCAAUACUUCUCGUGGGAGCCACGUCGGGAAUCGGCGCCGGCCUGGCAGAUCGAUUCGUAGCUGAGGGUUCCCAGGUCAUCGCCGUAGGUCGUCGCCAGGACAAACUCGACGACUUCGUCCAGAAGCAUAAUUCCGCCUACGCUGCCGCCAUUAGAUACGACAUAACAGACAGCGCAAGCCUGAAUGCCUUUGUCAACGAAGUUGUCAUGAAAUACCCAGACCUAGAUGCCGUGUUCUUGAAUGCUGGCGUCCAGAGCCAGAUGCGCCUAUCACGGGCUGCCGAGUUCGACUUCGCCAGCUUCCACCAUGAAAUAAACGUCAACUUCAACAGCAUCGUCAACUUGGCUAUGUCAUUUCUGCCACACCUGCAGGCCAAGACACAGCCAACCAGUCUAAUAAUCACGGGAACUCACCUCGGCCUAGUGCCGGCUCCGACCAUCCCUGCUUACUCGGCCUCAAAGGCAGCUCUGACUUCUUUCGUCGACUGCCUCCGGGACCAGAAUCGCCACAAAUCUACCAAGAUUAUCGAGAUCUAUCCUCCUGUUGUGCAAUCCGAGCUUCAUGAUUAUCUCGGGGAGGAGCUAGGCCGCUCUCUUGGAAUGCCUAUCGACCAGUUUACUAACGAAGCGUACGAACAGCUGUUACAGGGCGAUGAGCUUAUCGUCAUCGGAUCCAUUGCCACCGAGCCUCGUGAGUCCUACAUUGACCUCGUCGAGAAGCGCAGGGAUAUUUACAGCAAGCUCUCAUCCGUCAUGCUGGCUCGCUUCGAAUUGUGA